AUAAUACCAGCUGCCAUGGACACGAACCUCACAAUGGUAUUGCUUGACAUGUAGGAAUCCAUCGAAUGGAAUCGAAAUUUUUUUUAGUAAAGUGGUUGGUGGUGCGAUGCGUAAGUUCCCAUCUACCUAAGGAAGUUCCUCUCUUUCAUUGCCACCGAACAGCAAAACUUCUGUUUGAACUCCUUAUUGAUUUCAGCAGAUCACCACAGAAGAUUGCAGGAUCAAUUUCCUCUGGCAGAGCUUAAAGGAUUGAAGCAGCCUCUGUUCCUGUGCAUGAACUGAAGCUUCGACCAGGGAUUUUGAGGCCAUAUCUUCUCUUAAAAGACCCAACAAGGACUGUAAUUUCCAGAACUCUUCAAGGCCAUAACUUCUACUAAGAGCUAGGAAGAACAUUAAAGAGUUAUGGAUGUAGAUGAAGUAUUGGCAUCUUCAAUUGCAGCAAAGCUUCGUCCUAAGCCUCCAUUGUCCUCUCAAGCUUGUAUCUUCAGAGUUCCCCAUGUACUCUCUAGCCAAAGUGAAGGUGCUUUUGCACCUAAUAUAGUCUCAAUUGGCCCCUUUCACCAUGGUCAUGAAAACCUAAAGAGCAUGGAAGAAUUCAAACUAUGGUAUUUGCAUGGCCUCCUCUCUCGAGCCCCAACUCCAGAGACAAGUUUAAAGGUAUUCACCAAAGCCAUUAGACAAUUGGAGAAACGUGCGCGUGAGUGUUAUGCAGAAGAACUGAUUGACCUCGACAAAGAUGGAUUGGUGGAAAUGAUGUUGGUCGAUGGUUGUUUCAUCAUAGAACUUUUCCGCAAGAAAGCAAAUGGCAUAGAAGGAGUUCAAAGAGAUGAUCCCAUAUCCAACACACCUUGGAUGGACACUUACUUGAGAGUUGACUUGAUGUUGCUUGAGAAUCAAAUCCCAUGGUUUGUUCUUGAAUGUCUAUUCAACCUCACUGAGCCUCCCAUACAAAGAAGCCAUUCCCUAACCAAACUUGCACUUAAUUUCUUUGAUACUAUGAUGCCAAUGACAGUUCCUGCCAAAUUAAGCUCUAGACAUGAAACAAAGCAUUUACUUGACUUACUGUGGAGCAGUAUAAUUUCAGAUUCUGCAGAUGUAGAGUUGACAUUGGAGAAUGAUCAGUACUGGGAAGUAAUUCCUUCUGUGACAGACCUUGUAGAGGCUGGAGUCAAAUUCAGGAAGGGAAACUCUAAUGAAGAAAUACUGAACAUAAGAUUCAAAGAUGGGGUUAUGGAGAUACCACCAUUGUUGAUUCAAGGAAGCACAGAAUGGCUCUUUCGGAACCUUAUUGCUUAUGAGCAGUGCAAUUAUUUAUUGCCUAACCGAAUCACAUCUUAUGUUGUGCUUUUAGACUGUCUUUUGAACUCAUCAAAGGAUGUGCACUUACUAGGGGAGAAAGGAAUAGUAGAGAACUGGUUGGCCACUGAAGAAGAUGCUUCCCUUUUCUUUAGCAGGUUAUGGAAAGGUGCUACUCUCCACAAAUUCUAUUAUGUGGGAAUUUGCCAGAAAGUGAAUGCAUAUUAUAGAACAAGUUGGCAUAAGUGGCGUGCAACACUAAAGCGUGACUACUUCAACAACCCAUGGACCAUAAUUUCCCUCAUUGGUGCUAUUGUACUGCUAAUUCUUACCUGCUUGCAAACCAUUUUCUCUAUCUGCUAACUCAUAUUCAGUUAUCAUUAGUUCUUGUCUUUCAUUUCAUUUC